ACUAAAAACCAACACUUCCAAAUCCCCAUCUCAUCAUCUCAUACCUCACCAAAACCGCAUAAAACCCAUUUCUUCACCCUCUUCUUCCCACUCUCUCUCUCUCUCUCUCUCUCUCUCUCCAUUUCUAGGGUUUCAUUCUCCCCUCUUCAAUGGCGGAGGUAAUUAACUUACCUCCCGAAUCUCACGACCGAUCUCCAAUUACCGCCGCUCCUCCUCCUCCCGACGACGAUCUCCCACCUCCGCCUCUCCCUCGUCGCAGAGACCAUCGUGACGACAGGGAUUUCGACCGCCGUCCUCACCGUGGUGGCCGAGGUGGCGGACGGGGUGGUUACUACAAUCGUGAUAGAGAUGUCAAGCGCCGUCGUAGUCCUAGCCCUAACCACCGUGACCGCAGAUAUUCUCCUCCUCCGCCUCGACGUUCUCCUCCUCCUUAUAAGCGACCAAGACGGGGUAGUCCUCAUGGACCUGAUGACAGAUUUGGUUAUGAUCACUUUGGUGGCUAUGAACGUGGAGUGGGUGGAAGGCCUGGUUAUGCAGAUGAGAAGCCUGGUGGCAGGUUUGCACAUCGACCUGGAAGGGCCGGAUAUCGAAAUGGAAUUGCUGAUCUGGAUGCCAACCGUGGCUAUGGAGAUUUGCCAAGUGGGGGUGCACGAAGAGAGGGGUUGAUGUCCUAUAAGCAAUUCAUUCAGGAGCUUGAAGAUGAUAUACUGCCCUCUGAAGCUGAGCGUAGAUACCAAGAGUACAAAUCAGAGUAUAUUUCUACACAAAAACGAGCUUAUUUCAAUGCUCACAAGGGUGAGGAAUGGUUGAAAGAUAAAUAUCAUCCAACAAACUUACUUACGGUAAUUGAAAGGAGGAAUGAAAAUGCUCGACGCCUGGCAAAGGAUUUUUUGCUUGAUUUGCAAAGUGGAACACUAGACCUAAAUCCAGGUUUAAACUCCACUGCAUCUAUUAGAUCAGAGCAAGCCAGUGAGCCAAAUUCAGAGGAGGAAACAGAUGCCGGUGGUAAACGAAGAAGAUAUGGCAGGGGAUCUAAUAAGGAUAGUGAUUUCUCAGCUGCUCCAAAAGCUCACCCUGUCAGUUCUGAACCUAGAAGGAUACAAGCCGAUAUUCAACAGGUUCAGGCUGUUGUUCGUAAACUUGACAAGGAAAAAGGGAUUGAAGAUAAUAUUUUAUGUACCAGUGAUCACAACAAAAAUGGUGAUAAGGCUCACAGUGGAUCUGUGGGCCCUGUAAUAAUUAUCCGUGGCCUAACAUCUAUCAAGGGCUUAGAGGGUGUUGAGCUACUGGAUACACUUAUAACAUACCUUUGGCGGAUUCAUGGUGUAGAUUAUUAUGGAAUGCUUGAGACUAACGAGGCCAAGGGUUUUAGGCAUGUGAGACCAGAAGGAGCAAGGCAUGAAGAAACAGGUAAAUUGGGGUCAGAAUGGGAGACAAACCUUGAUUCAUUUUGGCAGAGAAGGUUGGAUGGCCAGGAUCCAUUGGAAGUAAUGACUGCAAAGGAGAAGAUAGAUGCUGCAGCAGCUGAUGUGUUGGAUCCACAUGUUAGAAAAAUUAGGGAUGAAAAGUAUGGAUGGAAGUAUGGUUGUGGAGCCAAGGGUUGCACAAAGCUUUUUCAUGCGGUUGAGUUUGUGUACAAACAUCUCAAGCUAAAACACACAGAGCUUGUUUUGGAACUAACAUCCAAAUUGCGUGAAGAUCUUUAUUUUCAAAAUUACAUGAAUGAUCCUGUUGCUCCUGGUUCAAUGCCUGUCAUGCAGCAACCUCAGAAGGACACCUCUUUAAAGAGAAGAUUAUUGGAUGGCCGGUUGAAAGAUGACCGGGGGAAUCGGCGAGACCAGGAUAGGAAUGACAGAACAAAUGGAGAUAGGCCUGACAGUUCCCCAUCCCGUGAAAAGCAGUUGGGAAACCGUGAUGAAACGAUGUAUGAUACAUAUGGAGGGCCUGCUUUACCUCCAUUCAACUCAGAUAUGCCCCCUCCUCCAGUUUUGAUGCCUGUACCUGGCGCUGGGCCUUUGGGACCCUUUGUUCCUGCUCCACCAGAAGUUGCCAUGCAGAUGUUUAGGGAUCAAGGAUCAUCUUCAUUUGAUCCAUCAGGAAUGAUGAUGCGUGCUGGUCCUCACAUGGGGGGACAGGCCUCUAUAAUUGCUGUUCCUCCAGCCUUUAGAUCCGAUCCUCGACGGAUGCGAAGUUAUCAAGAUUUGGAUGCCCCAGAAGAAGAAGUUACUGUCAUAGACUAUCGGAGCUUGUAGGUAUCACUGGGUUGGCUCAGCUCAUUGAGAGAUCGGGUUGGCAACAUUUCUGUUUCUUUCAAUGAUACUCAGUCAGAGCAGCAGUCUUGUUGUAAUAUUGGAGUUAGAAUUCGUUUCUUUUGUGGCUUUCUGCCAUACAUGUUGUAAUGUUUUGUAGAUUUCUUGAGCAAAAUGCUAUCUGGCUGUUUCGUAUUUUUUUAAGACAAUUGCAUUAAAACCGUGGUAUUUAUAGCGAUGAAAACCAUAUGUAAGACAACAACCCCUCUCCCCCAAAAGAAAACUAUUUUAGUGGAUAAUGGUUAAUAAAAUUAUGUAUAAGAAACUAUCUCUUGCUCGUAUCAA